GAUGUCAGCUGAUGCCUUUUCAAGUGUGUUGGGCAAAAAUUAAAUCAUUGCGUUAUUGCAACUUUGUUUGUUCUGGUUUUUCGAAUAUUAUCAAAAGUUUAAUAUGCAUUUUGGCAACAUUGGUUUAUAGACAAUUAUCUAAAUAAAAGUUGUCAUUUACAAAAAAGACAUGCCUCAUAAAAUUUUAAAAUCAGAAGUAUUAUAUAUAUAUAUAUAUAUAUAUAUAUAAUGAUUAUACCUUUCAGAAAUCAAAGUUUCUGAGCAUGUACCUAAAUCGCUAUUGUCAGCCAGAGGGCCUUCGAGUCAUUUAAUUAUCAUGGUGAAUUAAACUACCAGGAAAACGGAAAAUGCAUAACUGCAUUACCUGCAUAUAACCUUUCAAAUCGCGGUAGUGUUCUAUAUAUAGCGAGCUGCGAGAUCAUGCCAGACUGCCAGCGGCGCCACGCGCACUGCCACCAACCACACGUCCACACCACGUACCUAUCUAUAUACAGUCCACCCGACAACAAGUCUCGACAGGUUUCUGUUUCAGUUAAUGCUUUGAAUACACACUUUCUACGAAGUACGAAUGUGUGUAUAUGUGAGGAUUUUAAGUAGUCGGUUUUGACGAGGCUUUGCAAAGCUUUCAUGAAUAUAUUCGGAGACAUGUUAGUCCAAAAACAAAGAUGACUGACGUUAUUUGUAUCUCUUCGUCUGAAGAUGAAGAGGAUUCAUCAAAGCAGCUAUCAGAUAUUUGCCAAAAAAGGAAGUCAUCGAUAAGUUUGGACGACACAAGAAGUAGUAAAAGAUGCAAAGUGGAUGAUGAAAAUAAAUUAUCCAGUGACUCAAAUAAACCUAACAAAAAUUUGCCAAAUACAGAUGCAAUCAGCCCAGAAAAACAUAGUAAUGAACCUCCAAUCAACAAAUGCAUUUCUCCAAAGCCUGGACCGUCUAAACAACAUAAUAAUGAACAAGAGUUUCAAAUGAGCCAUUCUGAUUCAUCCAGCGCAUCUUACAAAUCAAGUCCUAUGAAAAAAAUUAUAAAACCACAAUUAAUUGUGCGCGAUAUAAUACAGAUUCCUGAACCUUCAGAGAAUGUAUUUAUGAAAUUUGUAGAGAGCUGCAAACAGAAGAAUCCAUCCGAGGAAACAAAAAAAAUUUUAAGUAAAUUGAAAAAACGAUUUGACAAACUCGAUUCUCACGAUAAAGAUGAUGAAGAAUUUCAGAUGUUUCUUAAAAUAAGUCUACAAAAAGUUUCAAAUGACAGCAAUGAUAAAUUUUACACCUAUAUUCAGGAAGUACAUGAAGAAGUGAAACGUCGCUCUAAUAGACUACAGUUAUCAACAUCUUCGGAAAGGGAAUCAAGUACUGGUGCCGAGCAGCAAACUAUUGAAGAGACAAAAAAUGCACAAGAUAUUGAGAUAUCAAAGCAAGAUAUGAAAAAAGUGAAAAAAAUAGAAAAGGCCAUUAGAAUUUGCCUAAAACGGAUUAGGGAAUUAGAAGAGAAAGAAGUAGAUUUUGAUGCAGAGGAAAAUUCUGCUUAUCUACAAGAAGACAGGUAUAAAAGAAAACUGGUAGAACUGUGUAAUUCACUCAGUGACAUAGUAGGGGACAGAAUGUUAAAGAAGGAAAUAUAUAAAAAACAAAUAAGACGAAAAGAUAUUCCUGGUGAAAUGACUGGGAUAUCUACAGUAGAUGAAGCAAUCAUCAGUUUCAUUAACACUAACAUUAAACAAGUUAAUAAAUUAAAACAUAUAAAACAUCCUUACGCUAUAGCUGACUAUCUUUUAGUGCCUGAUUAUCCAGAUAUUUUAGAUUGCAUUGUUAAAUGUGAUAAGGAAAAAGAUCUUGAAUUAACGAAAAAGAAAAUGGAGCAAUUAGCUAAAACAGCCUUCAAAUCGAUUGGCUCUUACUUGAAGAAACAAAGAGUCCUAGAGAGCGAGGAAUACAUAUCAUCAUUUAUUGAUGCCACUACUGAACCAGAUCCUGCAGCUAAAGAUCCGGAAUUGAAUAAAAGGUUACAAAACAACAAAAAAGAAGGUGAUAAAAAAUUAGAAGAAAUUUUUAAGAAGUAUGUAGAUAAGCAAGAAGGCUUAUCAGUAGAGGAAUUAGAAAACUUGAAUGAUGAAGAAUCAGCCCACGAAGAUGAAAGUGAUGGUGAAAGUUCUAAAGCAAAUGUGAAAAAAAAAAACUUGAAAUCUGAAGAAAGUAAUACAUCUAUAAUAGAUGUUAAAGAACUAAGCAGUCAUUCAAAGGAUAACUCGGCUGAUCCUAUUUUAGUGAUAGAAGACGAUGACGACAUUCAAAUUCUCAGUGAUGAUGAUGAAGAAAAUACUGAAAGUAAGUCAAACAAUAAAUCUGGUGUAGAGAGUAAAGAAAAACUUACCAUUUUAAGAAAUACCAACAGCUCUCCAGUAGAAGAUACUACAAAUAUUUUUGAAAAGGAAGAAACAAAUUGUGCAGUAGUUGAUAUUACGAAGGAUGAUAAUGAUAAUAUUCAUGCUACUUCACUGUCUACAGAUAUUGACAAUAUAAAAAAUGACAAAAGUAUUUCUACAUCUAAAAGUUUUUUAGACAAGGAUAACAAACCAAAAAGUGAUGACACAACGAAAAAGAAUGAAGUAGUACUUGAAAGCAUCCUACCAAGUAAAUUGACUACAAAAAAUUCGAAAAUUAUGGAAAUAAACGAAGUUGGAGUUCUUCCUGAUGGUCAUCAGUCCAGUAAUAACACUGAAGGACCUGAAAGCGCUGAAAAUAAAAAUUCUUCCACUUUUAUAAAAGUGUGUUCCUUUGCAAAGCCACCUGAAUCCUGGAAAGAUACUUUAUCACCAGAAAAAGCAAAAAAAAAUAUGCAGUUGCCAAUUCAACAAGCUCUUCAGGAUUUGUCUAAACCUCAAUAUCAUGCUUUAAAUAGAGAAAAAGACAAAAAGUUGCAUUUUGCUAGCACACUAUGUAUCAAUCCUUUAGCUGCAAACAGAAUCGACGCACUACCUAAAAAUGUGUUGCUGGAGAAUAAUCAAUGUGCUCGUCCGCAAGCCGGGAAUAAAACGAGAAACUAGACAUUGUAAAUAUACCAUCGUGUAGGAUUUGUAAGACUGCGAAAAUAUCGUUACUAUUUUCUUCGUAACUUAUUUGUUAUGCGAAUACAUAACGCGAUUGAGUUUACAAACUUUAAAAUAUUUUUUUCGUUGUGAUUGUACAGCACAAUUAGCGAGUGUACUUUAUAUUAGCUAUUAAUAUUUUAGAUAAAAGAAAUUCGCUUCUGGUGAGAUUCUCUACUAUGUCAAAGUGAUCAACAUUAUCUCUGAGCAGCAAAAAUUCAACGUUGUCAACCAAUUUCGUCAGUCUCUGAAAGAGUAUUUAAUUAAAAUAUAAGUACCGAGCACAAAUCAUCGAUAAAGGCCUUUGGGAGUAGUGAUGUAUAGAUGUAAAGUAAUUUUUUGAACUCGAACGGUGCACCGAUGAUAACAAAAUUACAUAAUAUUUGAUGUACCUUCUGUGUGCAGAAGCAAGCUUGCACCAUCGUUGCGCUGGUUGAUUCAAAAGUUGGUUUACAAGGUACCACUAUUUUUUUGGCUUAUUGUAUAGCCAUGUCUAUACUCCCGAGAGCCCUUAAGUUAUAUUAUACAAAAAUAGAAAUGUACUUACACGUGCAUAACGGCGAGAUUCUUCAAUGAAAAUUGGAGAAUCGCACUCUCCUACUGUUACGAUUACUUUAACGUUUCGUACUGGUUCUAAUGUUUUAUCGACGUCAUCCGAGAUUUCCAAUGGGGCGAAUGUAAAUGAAUUUAUUUCGUUCCUAUAUUUAUGAUAAGAAAAAAUAUAUAUUCGUUUUUAUUAUAAAAUAAUGAAAAUUUUGUAAUUUUAUAUAAAAAUAAAAAAAUAAAAAUGUAUGUUUUAAAACGCACGAUGUUAACUUAACAGCUUCGUUGACACUUGUUCGUAGCAAAGGUUCUAGUGCGUAGAUACCGCUGAUGAGGACUAGUCCUUGAAGCAAAUCUCGAUAACCGUGCCUUGUCAUGAGGUCGAGCCAGCCAGCGUCGUGUAAAAGGCUCGCCGCGAGAUGCGCUCCGGCACUGUGACCGCCGAUCCAGACACAUCUAAGUCGCGUAAAAAACAUAGGCGUGUAUUAUAAUUACUAAGAACUUUGUAAAAGUGUACAUAUGGUUAUUGCGCAUAAAAGACAAUGUAUAUAAUAUCCGAAUGAAAGUGUAAUAAUGCAGCAACACACUGCACAGUGUAUACGAUGUAUGUACGAGAGCAUUUGCAACACUAAUGAACUUACUUUGAUCCCGAGGCAUGCGCAAGAGCUAAGACUUUUUCCGUUAGAGUUUUUAUUUGCUGAACUAUGUCCGUUAGCGUUACUGAAAUAAAACAUAUUUUCAAUCGAAA